AUGUCCGUCGAGCUCGAGCCUGCGGAGCUUGGUUUCAAGCGACCGUUCCAGCAGGAGGUAUCGCAGACCUUGCGAUUGAAGAACCCACACAGUGACCCAGUAGCCUUCAAGGUGAAAACCACCGCGCCUAAGCAGUACUGUGUGAGGCCAAACUCGGGCCGCAUCGAACCUGGAAAAGACGUGGAAGUCUCAAUUCUUCUUCAGGCGAUGAAGGAAGACCCACCGCUCGAUGCCAAAUGCCGUGACAAAUUCCUCGUACAAUCCGUCCUCGUCACCGCUGAUAAGGAGUUCACGAACGUUGCAUCUCUGUGGGCACAUAUGGAACAGACAUCCAAGAACUCCAUUCAAGAGAAGAAGAUCAGGGUGGUCUUCCUGGCAGCAGACGACGCUGCGGCUACACCGCCAAAGACCAAUGGUACGAGCAGCCUCCACGAGCCGUCACUGCUCUCGUCUCCCUCGCCAGAAGCUGUUACACCUCAACGCGGAUCUACUGAGGCACCGGUUGGAUCCGUAUCUCGUCCCGAGUCCCGCCCGUCGGAUAGCAAGAACCUAGGAGAAGCCAAGGAAUCCGCCUUCAACCCAGCUACCUCGUCCGGAUUGAAAUCAACAGUGGCUGCGGCAGCUGCGGGUGUUGCGAACACUGUCCCCACGUCUUCCGCCGAAUUGCAAGCUCAGCUUUCAGAAGCGAAAGCCACGAUCACCAAACUCCGCCAACAAGCAGAGUCUGGCUCCGGCCUACGACAGCGAAAGGCUGAUCCUCUUUCCGACUCUGGCGAGAAAUCAUCAACCGCAUUGGAGACUCAAAAGCCUGCGGGUGGGGUUCCCGUGCAGAUCGUGUUCGGCCUGUGCUUGGUGAGCUUCCUUUUGGCCUACUUCAUCUUUUGA